AAGAGACUUAUCAUCUGCCCAUGCUUUUUAGAUCGACUCUAUUUAUAAGUCUAUGAAUUCAAAUCAACAUACCAAUCCGCCCUAAGAAUCGAAUCCCACAUGGCAGAUCCCACAAGAUCCUCCCCAGACCCAUCUACAAUGGCUUCCCCGCCGUCGCGCGAUGCAUCACGCUCUUCACAAAUCAAGGACGCUUCUCUUCGAUUCAACCACGUCCCAAGUUCGUCGGGCACGAAUCGCCAGAGCUUCAGUGAGAAUCUCCGGGGAAUUCCUCCAUCUCCUCGCGCUCAACGACAACCGUCGCUCUCCCAGGCCGCUGUUCAAGAGCUCCUCAACCACCCUCCAGUGGCCAAGUCUGCCGACCCCGCCUUUGAUGGAAGGGAUUGGCGUACAAUCAGGGUUGGAGAAAUUGUGAAAGAUGAGGAGGUUCACUUUGUAGAGCUCGAUACCGGAGUGGAGCAUGCAACGAAGAUUCUUAUCGAGUCAGGAAACACGGCGAUUCUUGUGCGACAGGAUCCGACUGAGCGCUCAGCAAUUGGAACGUUUGACUAUAGUGAUUUGAACGCUUAUUUACUGCUCGUGGUCGGGCUUGCUCACCCCGAUGUGGAGUUUGGAUCCUCGUUCCAAGAGCUUGCCAGAAAGGCUAGAGAAGGAAAUAAAAUCCCCCUCAAAGACGUCAAAGAUUUGGGAAGAAAGGAACCAUUUGUUACGCUCCCGCAUACUUUGAGUUUGGUUCAUGCUGUUGAGAUAUUCGGCAGCGGCGUGCAUCGAAUAAUCAUUGUUGAAGAAGACACCACGAACGUAGUAGGCAUCCUCAGCCAAUUGAGACUCUUGAGAUUCCUUUGGGAGAAUGGACGCAGUUUUCCUGCCAUCGAUCAGCUCUAUGCGCAAUACUUGAGAGAUCUCGCUAUUGGAUCACAGCAGGUUAUUACCAUCAAUGGGGAUCAGCCGUUGACUGAUGCACUAGAGCUUAUGAAUGAUGAAGGCAUAAGCUCACUCGCAGUCGUGGAUAACCAGCUUAAUGUUAUUGGCAAUAUUUCGACUGUUGACGUCAAACACUUGACAAAAUCCAGCUCUUUACCCCUGCUUCGGUCUUCCUGCACUCACUUCAUUUCAGUCAUACUCUCCGACCGCGGACUCAAUGAAGGCAAGGAUUCUUUCCCGGUAUUCUACGUAAAUCCGUUCUCAACCCUCGCGCAUACUGUUGCCAAACUCGUUGCCACAAAGUCCCACAGGAUGUGGGUUGUCGAUGCACCUUCACCGGCUUCAUCCGGACCACCUACGCCAGCGUUCCAGCCUGCUGUUCUAGUACCGCCGUCCGGCGUAUCUCUCCCGACCAGCUCGACAGCACCAUCAGUUUCGGCCGCUGCCAUGCCAGGAGCGCGCAUGUCCGGACGCCUUUCAGGUGUAGUAUCCAUUACAGAUAUAUUGAACCUUUACGCACGCGCAAGCGGACUCAAUCCGAACGAUCCGAACGAGACGCGAAAAUCACGAAGGCGUAGUAGCAGUAGCUCUAUGAGGGUCAGCCUCGACUCUGGAAGGAGUGCUAGCAUUGACCUCUCUCGUCGGUGAGGAAGCUUUAGGGCCAAGUCACCACUCGUUAUUCAUUUUCAUUUUCAUUUUCAUUUUCAGUUUUUUCCCUUUCUCCUAAAACCACAAGGAGACUGGAAUGCGCAAUCGCGAGGGUGGUUGUUGCCUCCAAAGCUAAUUUGUUUUGCUAAUCCCUCUUAUAUCGCUCAGCGCCCUUUAUGUUUCCUGAUCUUUCAGUUCAUUUAUUUCCCAAAUGGCUAUUGCCAUAAUUUUGUUGCAGUUCGUCUACCUACCUAAGCGGUUGGCAAGGUUUACUGGGUACGGUAAGCUUAGUCUACUCAGCAGCGCUUGCUCUCUCUCUUUUUCUGUGUCUUUGCACAGCAUAAAAUCAAAAUGCGUCCUC